GGAGGCGGACCAACAGGCCAGCUGCCGCUCUCGCUGCUGCCCAGCACUCGGCCCCUGCCCUCACCUGCUCUCGCUGGGGUGGCUGCCUCCUGCUCCAGCGGCCAUGCGGUGGCUGUGGGCCUUGGCUGUCUCUCUCGCUGCAGCCUCCGCAAUGGGGCUCCGAACUCACCAGGCCACAGGCCAGGAGCAGCAGGGCCGGUCUAAGAGAGGCACUGAGGAGGAGGAGGUCAGGGGGGUGCAGCAGUAUAUACCCGAGGAGUGGGCAGAGUACCCCCGGCCCAUCCACCCUGUCGGCCUGCAGCCCACCAAGCUCCUGGUAGCCACCAGCCCCAACCCUGACAAGGAUGGGGCCCCCCCGGGCAUCGGGCAGGAGCCGAGGGCCAACCUGACAGGGACGCCGGGACGGAGGCUGCAGGUCCCCAACCCUCUGUACCCAGUGACAGAGAGCUCCUACACUGCCUAUGCCACCAUGCUCCUGGCCCUGGUGGUGUUUGCGGUGGGCAUCGUGGGCAACCUGGCAGUCAUGUGCAUCGUGUGGCACAGCUACUACCUGAAGAGCGCGUGGAACUCCAUCCUGGCCAGCCUGGCCCUCUGGGAUUUCCUGGUCCUCUUCUUCUGCCUCCCCAUCGUCAUCUUCAAUGAGAUCACGAAGCAGAGGCUGCUGGGUGACGUUUCCUGCCGGGCCGUGCCCUUCAUGGAGGUCUCCUCUCUGGGUGUCACGACGUUCAGCCUCUGUGCCCUGAGCAUCGACCGCUUCCACGUGGCUACCAGCACCCUGCCCAAGGUGAGGCCCAUUGAGCGGUGCCAGUCGAUCCUGGCCAAGCUGGCUGUCAUCUGGGUGGGCUCCAUGAUGCUGGCUGUCCCCGAGCUCCUGCUGUGGCAGUUGGCACAGGAGCCCAGCCCCGCCUCGGGCACCGUGGACUCCUGCAUUAUGAAGCCCUCGGCCAGCCUGCCCGAGUCCCUGUACUCGCUGGUCAUGACCUACCAGAACGCCCGCAUGUGGUGGUACUUUGGCUGCUACUUCUGCCUGCCCAUCCUCUUCACCGUCACCUGCCAGCUGGUGACGUGGCGGGUACGGGGCCCCCCAGGGAGAACGCCGGAGUGCCGGGGGGCGGGCCAGCACGAGCAUGUUGAAAGCCGGCUCAACAGCACGGUGGUGGGCCUGACGGUGCUCUAUGCCCUCUGCGCCCUCCCCGAGAAUGUCUGCAACCUCGUGGUGGCCUACCUUUCCACCGAGCUGACCCGCCAGACCCUGGACCUGCUGGGCCUCAUCAACCAGUUCUCCACCUUCUUCAAGGGGGCCGCGACCCCCGUGCUCCUGCUGUGUGUCUGCAGGCCUCUGGGCCAGGCCUUCCUGGACUGCUGCUGCUGCUGCUGCUGCUGCGAGGAGUGCGGGCCGGCCCCGGCCCCGGCCGCCAGCAGCGCUGACCACAAGCUCAAGACUGAGCUGUCCCCCAUCUACUUCCACAAGCCCAGGGAGUCUCCCCCACUCCUGCCCCUGAGCACACCGUGCUGAGGCCGGGCCUGAGCUGGGGAAGGUACAGAGGAGGGGUCUGAGGAGGGCUGCCCCCAGCUCAGGCCCACUGCUCCUUUCCGCGUAGGUCCUGCUUUUAUGCUUGUCUUGCUGUAGAGAUGAACUUGGUCCCUCUUGCCUGGGGUAUGGCGAGUCAAAGCCCCCUCCACAAGGGGGGCUUCCCUGUCACUCUGCGGGGCCGCCUAGACCUGCCCCUUCUCCUGGUGGACAGUGAGGCUUCUAGUCCAUAGAGCGUACUAGUGACUCUUCUUCCCUCCUGCCCGGAGUCAGCACUUGACCGUCACCUCCCCACCUCGGUUCCAACUCCACCUCUCUCUCUCUCUCUCUGCCUCUGACCCUGACGCUCCAUUUUUAGUUGUGCCCUUACCAAUACCCUCUCUGUACCUCCCACCCGGGGCCCCAUCCUGCAACAGGGGCUCCUUAAGGGCCAGAUCCACUUGGCUUGGCCCCCUCUUCUCUGUACGAGAGCUGUCAGUCCUAGCUCUGGACACCUCCCCCUCCAGAUGCCUCUCUCCCUCUCCUUCCUUCUCCUGUCCCGAGGUCCCCUGGGCUGCCCCGUCCUGGGCUGCCCCGUGGAAAGCUCUUCUUGAAAAGCAAUAAACUAGGUAG